CCAUAACCCUAACCAGACCCUGAUUAACUAGCUCGUUAAGGCAAUGGCGGCCGUGAAGCUGCUCAAUUGCUUCGUCAGCCCGUUCGGCAAUAGGGUGCGGAUCGCGCUGGCGAAGAAGGGCGUGGAGUACGAGGAGACGGCCGAGAACAUGGUCACCAAGGGCCCGCUGCUGCUGUCGUCCAACCCCGUCCACGCCAAGGUCCCCGUCCUCCUCGUCGACGGCAAGGCCGUCUGCGAGUCCCUGGUCAUCCUCGAGUUCAUCGACGAGGCGUUCGCCGGCACCGGCGCGCAGCUCCUCCCCGCCGACGCCUACGCGCGCGCCAACGCCCGCUUCUGGGCCGCCUACGUCGAUGCCAAGAUGCCGGAGUGCGCCGGGAAGAUCUGGAAGGUGCCGAAGGGCGCGCCGGCGGUGGAGGAGGGGAAGAAGGAGAUGGUGGGCGUGUUCAAGACGCUGGAGGGGGAGCUGGGCGAGAAGCCCUACUUCGGCGGCGAGGCGCUCGGGUACGCGGACGUGGCGCUGGUGACCUUCACCCCGUGGUUCCUGACGUACGAGCGGCUCGCCGGGUUCAGCAUCGCGGAGGAGUGCCCCAAGCUGACGGCAUGGGCGGCGCGGUGCGUCGGGGAGAACGAGUGCGUGGCCAAGUCGCUGCCGGACGCCGAGGCCGUGUACCAGUUCGUGGGCGGCAUGAGGAAGCACUUUGGCCUCGAGUAGCUUUGCUCGAUCCGCCAGCUGCGUACGUCAGUAUGAUGAUGAGUACAAUUAAUAAGCUAGCCGGGUGGCCGGCCGGCCGGCAAUCAGCACUCGCACGUACGUGUCGCAUGCGUCGUCGCGCAUGCAUGCAUGCCUGUGCGCAAGUGCAGUCGUGCGUCUCCUUGUCGACUGCACUGUUGUUUCCUCCGUCCGUCUCAGUCGUUUGUGCUUUUAUUAUUUGGGUACUGCUGGCUCCGUGCUUUGUGCUCGGCCGGCGACCAGUUCAUGGACCGUCCCGCCCCUGUAACCUGUGUGCCGGAUCAAGGAAUA